AGGAAUGUCCGUCCCCUGCGCGCGCGCACAUCAUGAGCUGCAUGCGCCGACUUUAUUUUUAACCCGGCAGGGUGGGCCUGAAGCUGGGAAUGAGCGGUGGAGCGCGCGGCGCCCCCCAGGACCGAGCCCUCCUCCUCCUCCUCGCGCUCUGACCAGCCGCUUCAAUGGGACUCUAACUGAAGAGGACUCGACAGAAACUCCUUCAGACAACAAAUAAUCUUCAGUAUUCAUCAUCUGUCCUGACAUCCAUUCACCUCCCUCUUCAUCCAGGACACCGGAGGACGCCAGCUGCCGUCCCCCGUCCAGCCCACCAACAAGCUGGCCACCGCCAUGACUUCCACCACAGACUUCGACAAUGCGGAGAUCACGCAGCAGUACAGCCACAUCAACACCCGCUUUGACCUCUCUGAAGAUGAGCUGGACAUGGACAACAGCUCCGCCAGGCUGUUUGAGCGCUCACGCAUCAAGGCCCUCGCAGACGAGCGCGAGGCGGUGCAGAAGAAGACCUUUACGAAAUGGGUCAACUCGAUCCUUUCCCGAGUCGGCUGUCGGAUCUCUGAUCUCUACCUGGACCUGCGCGAUGGACGCAUGCUCAUCAAACUGCUGGAGGUGUUGUCAGGAGAACGUCUGCCAAAACCCACUAAAGGCCGAAUGCGUAUCCACUGUUUGGAAAAUGUGGACAAGGCCCUGCAGUUUCUCAAAGAGCAGAGGGUUCAUCUGGAGAACAUGGGCUCCCACGACAUUGUUGACGGCAACCAUCGCCUCAUCCUCGGACUCAUAUGGACCAUCAUCCUGCGUUUCCAGAUCCAGGACAUCAUCGUGGAAACGGGCCAGGCAGACCAGAAGGAGACGCACUCAGCUAAAGAUGCUCUUCUUCUGUGGUGUCAGAUGAAAACUGCAGGUUACCCAAACGUCAACAUCACAAACUUCACCACCAGCUGGAAGGACGGGAUGGCCUUCAAUGCUCUCUUACACAAACACCGGCCAGAUCUGGUGGACUUUAACAAACUGAAGAGGUCCAAUCCAACCCAUAACCUCCAGAAUGCCUUUAAUGUGGCAGAGCAGAAACUUGGUGUGACCAAACUGUUAGACCCAGAAGACGUUUUCACGGAGAACCCAGAUGAGAAAUCCAUCAUCACAUAUGUCGUUGCGUUCUAUCACUAUUUCUCAAAGAUGAAGCAGCUCGCAGUCGAGGGAAAGCGAGUUGGAAAGGUUCUGGAUCAAGCUAUCGAGACGGAGAAGAUGAUUGAUAAGUACGAGACGCUGGCAUCAGACUUGCUGACGUGGAUCGAGCAGACCAUCAUUGUGCUGAACAACAGGAAACUCGCCAACUCUCUGACUGGAGUCCAGCAGCAGCUUCAGGCCUUUAACACAUACCGCACUGUUGAGAAGCCGCCUAAGUUUCAGGAGAAAGGAAAUCUGGAGGUGCUGCUUUUCACCAUCCAGAGUCGAAUGAGGGCCAACAAUCAAAGGGUUUACACCCCUAAAGAGGGAGCGCUGGUUUCAGAUAUCAACAGGGCCUGGGAGCGUCUGGAGAGGGCGGAGCACGAGCGGGAGCGCGUCCUGAGAGACGAGCUAAUCAGGCAGGAGAAGCUCGAGCAAAUGGCCCGGAGAUUCGACAGGAAGGCUGCCAUGAGAGAAACCUGGCUCUUGGAAAAUCAAAGACUAGUUGCUCAGGAUAAUUUUGGCUAUGACCUGCCCGCCGUGGAAGCAGCAAAGAAGAAGCACGACGCCAUCGAGACAGACAUUGCUGCAUACGAGGCGCGUGUCCAGGCUCUGGUGAACAUCUCCAAGGAGCUGGAGUCCGAGCGUUACCACGACGCCAAACGGAUCGACGUGCGAAAAGACAACAUCCUCCGUCUGUGGGACUACCUACAGGAGCUGCUGAAGGCUCGGAGGGGGCGCCUGGACAUGAACCUGACCCUGCAGAGGAUCUUCCAGGAGAUGUUGCACAUCAUCAGCUGGAUGGAUGAAAUGAAGGCUCGACUGCUUUCCCCGGACUUUGGGAAACAUUUGCUGGAGGUGGAAGACUUGUUGCAAAAACAUGCUCUGCUAGAGAACGACAUCGCUCUGCAGUCAGACAGAGUACAGAGUGCCAGUGCUGCUGCUCUGAAGUUUGCAAAUGGAGACAGCUAUAAGCCAUGUGACCCUCAGGUGAUUCGGGACAGGGUACAGCAUCUGGACCUGUGCUACCAGGAGCUUUGUGCUCUCGCUGCACAGCGAAGAGCUCGCUUGGAGCAGUCCCGCCGCUUCUGGAACCUCCUGUGGGAGGUGACCGAGCUGGAAAGCUGGAUCAGGGAGAAGGAGAACAUUUUCUCCUCCCUGGAUUACGGCAGGGAUCUGACAAGCGUGCUGGUCCUCCAGAGCAAACACAGCGCCUUUGAGGACGAGCUCGGAGCCCGUCGCGCCAAUCUGGAGCAAAUCCUGGCAGAGGGGGAAAAGAUGAUCCAGGCAAAACACUUUGGCUCCCCAAAAAUUCAAGCGUGCAUGGACGACAUCAGAAGGCAGUGGCAGCAACUGGAGGAACUGGCUGCGUUUCGAAAGCAGAACCUGCAGGACACCCAGACAUUCUUCCAGUUUCAGGGCGAUGCUGAUGAGCUGAAGGCCUGGCUGCUGGAUGCCAAGAGGCAGAUGAGCAGCGAUGAUGUGGGCCAUGAUGAAUACACCACUCAACGGCUGCUGAAAAAUCACAACAACCUGAAAAAUGAAGCCAUCAAGAAUGGAGCCACCAUUGAUGCACUGUCCAAACAGGCCAACGCUCUGCCAGAAGAGCUGCAGAACACCCCUGAUAUUCAGAGGCGUCUGAAAGAUAUCAAGGACCUUUACAUGGAGCUCCUGACUCUGGCUGACCUGAGACAGCAGAAACUGGACGAUGUCAUGUCUCUGUACACCAUCUUCAGUGAGACAGAUGCUUGUGAGCUCUGGAUGAGCCAGAAGGAGACGUGGUUGGUGGGUUUAGAAGUGCCUGAGAAGCUGGAGGAUUUGGAAGUGGUGCAGAACAGGUUAAGCACUUUAGCUCAAGAAAUGGCAAAUGUUCAGGUGAGAGUCGACAACGUGAACAAAGCUGUGAAACAGCUUGAGGACAGCAGACACCCUCGCACCAAAGAGAUCAAGGGAUGUCAGGAACGUCUGAAUAAAAGAUGGGAGGCCUUCAAGGCCAUGGUGGAGGAGAAGAAGAAGAAAGUAGAUUCUGCUGUUAGUCUGCACAAUUAUGGGCUGGAGUGUGACGAGACAGAGGCCUGGAUCAAAGAAAAAACUCGGGUCAUCGAGUCCACGCAGGAAUUGGGUAAUGACCUUGCAGCUGUCAUGACCAUCCAGAGGAAGCUGUUUGGCAUAGAGAGAGAUUUAGCUGCCAUCGACGCCAAGCUUACCUUCCUUAGGAAAGAGGCUGACCGGCUGGCCCAGGACCACCCGGAGAAUGCAGCAGGUAUCUUAGCCCGAAGAGGAGAACUGGACGCAGCCUGGGACAGGCUUAAAAAGACAUUGAAAGGCAGAGAGGACUCUUUGGGGGAGGUCAGUAAGUUACAGACCUUCCUUCAAGACAUGGACGACUUCCAGUCCUGGCUUUUCAAGACCCAAAAAGCUGUGGCUUCUGAGGAAAUGCCCACCUCUCUACAAGAGGCAGAGGAGCUGCUGAGUCUUCACCACAAUGUGCGUGAAGACAUAAACAACCACGAAGAGGACUACCACCGUGUCAGGGACACGGGAGCUCAGGUCACACAGGGUCAAGAGGACGAUCCUCAGUACCAGCAGCUGGAGCAGAGGCUGAAGGGUUUGGACCGUGGCUGGUAUGAGCUCCAGAAGAUGUGGGACAGUCGCAAACAUUUCCUGGACCAGGGUCUGGGUUUCCAGCAGUUCAUGAGAGAUGGCAAAGCUGUGGAGACCAUCCUCAAUAACCAGGAGUAUACUCUGGCCCACAUAGACAAGCCCGACACCUUGUCUGGGGCAGAGAAAGCCUUGAAGAAGCACGAGGACUUUGUGAGUACCAUGGAGGCCAACGAGGACAAGGUUGAUGGUGCUGUGCAGAGCGGACAGCGGCUGGUGGACAGCGGUAACCUGUACUCUGACAAAGUGCAGAAGAAAAUGAGCUCAAUCCAGGACAGGAGUGACGAGAAUAAGAGACGAGCUGAGGAAGUGUCAGAAAAGCUCAGAGAUAAUCGUGACCUGCAGCACUUCCUUCAAAACACCCAAGAUCUAACUGUGUGGAUCAAUGAGAAGAUGCUGACAGCCCAGGACACCUCAUAUGAUGAAGCCAGGAACCUACACAGCAAGUGGCUCAAACAUCAGGCCUUCAUGGCCGAGCUGGCCUCCAACAAGGACUGGCUCAACAACAUAGACCAGGAGGGUCAGGAGCUCAUGGAGUCAAAGCCUGAGUUUGAGCCCAUUGUGACAGAGCGCCUGGCCAAGCUUCAUGAGCUGUGGGACAAACUGGAGUCCACCACCCAGGAGAAAGCUCGGCUGCUGUUUGAUGCCAACCGCUCAGAGCUCUUCGACCAGAGUCUGGCUGACAUGAAGAAGUGGCUGGGCGAGCUUCAGCAGCAGCUACAGAGUGGAGAUGAGGAUGUGAAAGACCUGACGAAUGCCAACAUUCUGCUCAAAAAACACCAGAUGACAGAGAACCAGGUUCGUGACCGGGCCCGGGAACUGGAGGAGCUCCAGGAAGCCGUCCGGAAGCACGGCAGUGGGAGGGAAGACCAGUCGGAGCUGGAGGCGGAGCAGCAAGUCCUGCAGACGGAGUUCCAGCAGCUCCUCACACCUCUGUCUGAGCGCAGGGGCAAACUGGAAGCAGCCAAAGCUGUCCAUCAGUUCUACAGAGACCUGGCUGAUGAGCUUCUCUGGAUUGAGGAGAGGAUGCCCCUGGCAAUGUCACAAGAGCAUGGCAAUAAUCUUCAAACAGUUCAAAUGCUGUUAAACAGGAACCAGACUUUGCAGAGAGAAAUUGAAGGCCACCAGCCUCGUGUCGAUGAAGUAGUUGAGCGAGGCCGGAGAACGGCAGCGGCCUCAGGUGCCGAGGACAGACCGGAGGAAAGGCGAAUCACUGAGCAGCUACAGGAGCUGGAGGAGGCCUGGACCCGGCUGCAGGAUGAGAUUUCCAAGCGCAGAGAGAGGCUGAACGGCUCUAACUUGGCCCAGCAGUAUUACAAUGACGCAGACGAAGCCGAGGCCUGGAUAUGGGAACAGGAGCUCUACAUGAUCGCAGAUGAAAAGGCCAAGGAUGAACAAAGUGCAAUGCUGAUGCUGAAGCGCCACAUGAUCCUAAAGCAGGGGGUUGAUGAUUAUGCUGACUCUAUUCAGAAGCUGGCUGACCGUGCCCAAAAGAUGUUUGCAGAGGACCAUCCUGACGGUGAGGAGGUCAUCCGGCGUCAGGGCCAGGUAGAUAAGCAGUACGCAGGUCUGAGGGAGCUGGCAGAGGACCGCAGGAAUAAACUGAACCACACCUACCAUCACUUCCUGCUGAGCCGAGAAGUGGAGGAGCUGGAACACUGGAUCGCAGAGAAAGACGUGGUGGCCUCCUCUCAGGAGAUGGGUCAAGACCUGGACCAUGUCACGCUUCUGAGGGAUAAAUUCAGAGACUUUGCACGGGAGACGGGAAUGGUGGGUCAAGAGCGAGUGGACUUUGUCAACCAGACGAUAGACGAGCUAAUCGAAGGGGGCCACAGUGAGGCAGCCACCUUGGCAGAAUGGAAAGAUGGUGUAAACGAGAGCUGGGCCGAUCUGCUGGAGCUCAUUGACACUCGCGCUCAGCUCCUCACAUCGUCUUAUGACCUGCUCAAGUACUUUGAUGAUGGGAAGGAGUUGGUGGCUCAGAUCCAUGAGAAGCAGAAAGAGCUGCCUGAAGACGUGGGGGAGGAUUUCAGUAAAGCAGAGUCCUUCCACAGAAUGCACGCCGCCUUCGAGAGAAACAUCACUGCCUUGGGCAAACAGGUUCAGCAGUUCCAGGAAACAGCUUCCAGGCUUCAUGCUCAGUACGCCGGGGACCGAGCCAACGCCAUCAGGGCCACUGAGAAGGAGGUGGUGGACGCCUGGAAGGGUCUGCUGGAAGCCUCUGAUGGCCGCCGGACGCAGCUGGUGGACACAGCUGAGAAGUUCCGCUUCUUCAGCAUGGUGCGAGACCUGACUGCCUGGAUGGAGAGCAUCAUCCAGCAGAUAGAGACUCAGGAGAAACCCAGGGAUGUGUCGUCUGUGGAGCUGCUCCAGAAGUACCAUCAGGGGAUUCGUUCUGAGAUCGAAACCCGGGAAGCAAAGUUCACAGACUGCAUAGACCUCGGCAAGUCCAUGUUGGCCCGCAAACAUCGAGACUCUGCUGAGAUCAAAGAGAAGUUGGUUCAGCUGAUUGAGAAAAGGAAAGAAAUGAUGUUCAAGUGGGAUGACAGAUGGGACUGGCUCCGACUUUUGUUGGAGGUGUGUCAGUUUGCACGAGACGCUUCAGUCGCUGAGGCCUGGCUCAUUGCUCAGGAACCUUACGUGGCCAGCAAAGACCUGGGUCACACCGUGGACGAGGUCGAGAAACUCCUCAAGAGGCACGAGGCCUUUGAGAAAUCCACCGCCACCUGGGAGGAACGUUUCUCUGCGCUGGAGCGCCUCACCACGCUGGAGCUGCUGGCGUUAAGGAAGCAGCAGCUGGAGAUGGAGCAGUUUAUGAAAGAACAACAACCCUCAGAUAAAGAGAGCAGGAGAGAAGACACAGGCUUUGUAGAAGAAUCCUCACAACUUUACACUAUUGAAGAACAAACACUGUCUGGUGAAGUGGAGCCAAGUUCUGGUCAGCUGGAGGGGACUGCUGGAGAAUCCACGGUGCCCAUUGAGUCAGAAAUGAGAGAAAGUGGAUCUCUGGAGCUGGACCCUUCUGUCUCUGUAGUGAUGCCAAAAGACCCCGAGAGGGCAGCCACCAUGCCCACAGAGCCCUUAAGAUCCCAGGCCGUGCUGCAGGAGGGCAUGCUGUGCCGCAAACAUGACGUGGAGGGCUCUGGGAAGAAGGCUUCAAACAGGUCAUGGAACAACUUGUACUGUGUGCUGAAGCCCGGUCAGCUCUCAGUCUAUAAGGAUGCUAAAAGUUUUGGUCAUGGAGUGACGUAUCAUGGUGAGGACCCCCUGUCUCUAGGAAAUGCCAGCUGGGAGAUCCUCACCAACUACAAGAAGAAGAAACACGUUGCCAAGCUUCAUCUUGCAGACGGCAGUGAAUAUUUGUUCCAGUGUAAAGACGACGACGAGCUCCAGCGCUGGAGCCAGGCCAUGGAGCAGGCCGCUCAGACCCUGGCAGCAGAGGAGGCUCCGGGGUCCUCGGGGGACAAAACCCACAGCCUGCCCGCCCCCUCCUCCUCCUCAGCUGCGCCCCCUGAGCCCAGCUCUGCCAAGAAAGACAAGGAGAAGAAGUUCAACCGCUUUGCCAAGAAGAAGUGAAAAGAAACGAGACGGCCAUCAGGAGGGAACGUUGCCUGGGCAACCUGAGCGGGAGAAAGCAGAUUUUGUUACAAUCAGAGCUUUUUAAACACUAGUUUCUUUUCUCAGAUUUGAUGACAAUUAAAUGAUAGUUUAGGUUGAAGCUCUCACUUUUGCCUGUAUUUACGCCAGUUUUUGGAGCUUCUUUUUGUGUUGUUUUUAAGCAUAAAUGAAAGCACAGGAAUGCUUCACACUCAACCAAAGAAUGUUUGUAAAAGUUUGUUUUUGUUUCGCUGCAGUUUUUGUUUCAGCUUUCAUGAGGCUUUGUUUGGAUAAGAAGCCUCUGAGGAACAGAGGGUGAUGGUACUUCGAUCAGUCUGCCUUAGAAAAUGGUUGUGAACUGUAAUACUGUGCUGCUGGAGAGCAGAGCGUGAAUUGGAUGCUUUGUAAAUGCAGUGUAAAGAUUAGGACAGUCUGCUGCAGUUUACACUCUCCUGGUGUAACUAAACUAAAUCUGUGCAGAAUCUGACUGUUUGGAUUUAAAACUGAUCCGUCAGUUUUCUGUCAGGCUGCAUUCUGAACCUGUCUGUGGCAGCAGAUAUGAAUAUAUUCAACACUCGUGUACGAAACUCCUGAUUUCAUAUCUUAUCUAAUAACAAACAGACACUAUAUAUCUAACGAUGCAUGAAGUAUGUUUUACAUAGGAGUGAUAUGGUGCUAUUGUGAUAUUCUUGAAACUUUAAGCAAGACCAAUUGACUUGCCUUAUUUAUAAAUCGACGUUGGCUCGCAGCCACGCAAAUGUGAAACGUAAACAGCUAGCAUGCAGAAAUACGGGCUUUGUUUCAUAAAGGUAACGUUCCUGUGGAGAAAGCUAAUCUACCAACUGAACACGUUUCCAGCACAAGUCCAGACACUUCCACGUUCACCUGAAACCCCAAACCUGUGACUUUAGUGGGCACAGUUCACACAUUAACAGCAGGGAGGCAGAGGUUCAGUGUUUGCCUCUUCAGACGCACUAAGUGAGGCUCUGUGGAAAUAAAUGAUUUCUUACUAAUUAGUGGCAGAGGUAGCUCGGUGGUCGCAUCAGGCAGGGCAUCUGAUAUAAAAAAAUUAUCAAAUCUUACAUUUUGCUUGGAUGUGGUGACAUCUGCAGAAGGGAGCAGCCAAAAGAAAAACAGCAGGGGAUCACUUGUUGUUUGAACAACCUUCGUUUGGAGAGGAGUUUAAAUCUGAUUAAAUGUGAGCGCUAACGACAGGUCAGCGCGGGGUUAAAACCAAAUUUCAUACUUUAACAGCCUUUAAAGAUGAGAUUAUUUAUCUAUCAGACAAAGUGAAACAAAGUAUUGCUGAUUAGAAAGUAAACUGUAUUUAAACCCCUCAUUUUUAUUAUUUAUUUAAAGAAACAAGAAAAGUUAACAACUUAAUGAUGUUUUUGGUAAAUUAGGACCAGCUGUGCUCUUCAUACAGAUGAUUCACAGAAUGGAUCUGAGGGAAUAAGUCUUCAUUAUGAAUGUAACAGAAGGACAUUUCAGUAUAUAAGGUAUUAUAAUGAACACACACAAACACACACACACUGCCAGCUUUGCCUUGUACUGCGGGCUCUGUCCCUAAACACACGUUCAGUUCAAGUGACCUCAAUAAAAGCCAUAAAAGAUCAUUCAGCUCAAACGUUCUCCAGGAAAUGUACCAACAUCAGUUCUGAAGUAUCUAAACUUCUGACCGUGUACGAGCAGAAACCCAUCACUCAUGUGGAACUAGUACCAGUUUGAUUAGAAACGCACCUGGAAAUGGUUUCUUCGGUCUUCUUAUUGUCGGGUCACAUUUAUCAGUAAGUCAGAUUGUGACACACUCACACUUUGUUCCCUCCUCACCCUUUCUGUUCAGUGCUUUUUAAUCUGCAUUUUGUACUCUACAGCUGUGUAAAAUAUUCAAACCUGUCAGAAAACACGUUUUGAGAAAAUAAAAGUUUAGAAGAUUUG